GAGCCGGCUCGGGGCGCUGCUGCAGGAGCGGGAGCCCAGCAUUGACCUGCUGGAGGCCUUCGUGGAGCACUGGAAGGGCAUCACGCACUACUACAUUGAAAGCACAGAUGAAAAUACCCCCGCCAAGAAAACGGAUAUUCCCUGGCGGCUGAGACAGAUGCUGGACAUCCUGGUCUACGAGGAGAGACAGCAGACAACAGCCGGCGAGGCGGGGCCCUGUCUGGAGUACCUGCUGCAGCACAAGAUCCUGGAGACCCUGUGCACGCUGGGCAAGGCCGAGUACCCCCCAGGCAUGCGACAGCAGGUGCUCCAGUUCUUCAGCAAGGUUCUGGCCCAGGUGCAGCACCCCCUCCUGCAUUACCUCAACGUCCACAGGCCUGUGCAGAACCUUCUCCGACUUGGUGGGACAGUUCCUGGAUCCCAAACGGAAAAGGAGGAGGUGCAGUUCACCACUGUUCUCUGCUCCAAGAUCCAACAGGAUCCAGCCCUGCUCACCUACAUCCUGGAAGUGAGCACCUCUGUGGGGAACAGGAGCGGGAGGGCCCUGAUCCCAGGGCAGGCCCCUAUGGCCCUUCUGAGGAAGCAGAGAAUGGAGCAGGGUAAAAAGAUUGUCAGUAGGAAGAAGUCAUCCAAAGAACCCACCACCCUGCCUAGAGAGGCAGCUAGUGUCCAAGACAAGGACCACCCCCACAGCAAGGCUCCUGACCUGAGUCCCUGUGGGGCCCAGCUGCCUGCUGAGACGGAGGAGCCAGAUGGAGGAGUUGGGGAAAGCAACCUCAUCACCUCGCUCAUCGGGUUGUGCAAGAGCAAGAAAGGUCGGGUGGCUCUGAAGGCCCAGGAGAACCUGCUACUCCUGGUAAGUGUGGCUUCACCAGCAGCCGCCACCUACCUGGUGCACAGCAGCCCUUGUUGCCCUGCCAUCGUCGAGCACCUUUGCCAGCUGUACCAGUCCAUGCCCACCUUCCUGGACCCUGCAGACAUUGCUGCAUUAGAGGGCAUCAGCUGGAGGUUGCCCAGUGCCCCGUCUGAUGAGGCUUCCUUCCCUGGCAAGGAGGCCUUGGCUGCCUUUUUGGGCUGGUUUGAUUACUGCGACCACCUCAUCACAGAGGCACACGUGGUGGUUGCAGACGCUUUGGCAAAGGCUGUGGCUGAGAAGCUGUUCAUGGAGAUUCUGCAGCCCCACCUCCUGCACGUUUCUGAGCAGAGCGUCCUGACCUCCACUGCCUUGCUCACGGCCAUGCUGCGCCAGCUCCGCUCCCCUGCACUGCUUCGAGAGGCCGUGGCUUUCCUCCUGGGUGCCAAUCCGCAGCCUGCAGCCCCCGAGGAUGGCCCCCGCACCCUGUGCGCUCACCUCAUCGGGCACUGCAACCACCUCUCUGAUGAGAUCAGCAUCACCACGCUGCGGCUGUUUGAGGAGCUGCUCCAGAAGCCACACGAGCAUGUCAUCCACAGCCUGGUCCUCUGCAACCUCGAGGGCCGCCAUUAUGUGGCCCGGGGCUCACCUGAGCCCGAGAGCUACGAGGACACCCUAGAUCUGGAGGAAGACCCCUACUUCACGGACGGCUUUCUCAACUCCAGCUUUCAGCCCUCUGCAAAGCCUCCCCCAGCCCCUGCCACCAACUCGGAUGGCAGAACAGCAGUGACUGAGAUCGUCAACAGUUUCCUCUGCCUCGUUCCCGAGGAAGCCAAGACCUCAGCCUUCCUAGAGGAGACCGGAUAUGACACAUACGUCCACGAUGCUUAUGGACUGUUCCAGGAGUGCAGCUCCCGAGUUGCCCCUUGGGGCUGGCCCCUGGGUCCCACGCCCCUGGACCUCCAUGAACCUGAACGGCCAUUCUUUGAGGGUCACUUCCUCCGAAUGCUGUUUGACCGAAUGUCCCGGAUUUUGGAACAGCCAUACAGCCUGAACCUGCAAGUGACCUCAGUCCUGUCCCGGCUCGCCCUCUUCCCCCACCCCCUUAUCCAUGAGUACCUCCUGGAUCCCUACAUCAACCUGGCCCCUGGCUGCAGGAGUCUGUUCUCUGUGCUUGUCAGGGUGAUUGGGGACUUGAUGCAGAGAAUUCAGAGGGUACCCCAGUUUCCAGGCAAACUGCUCCUGGUACGCAAGCAGCUGAUGGGUCAGAUCCCCGGGGAACAGCUGGACCACCAGACCCUCCUCCAGGGCGUGGUGGUUCUUGAGGAAUUCUGUAAGGAGCUGGCUGCCAUCGCUUUUGUCAAGUUCCCCCCACACGGUCCUCACCUGCACCUCCCCCCUCCCCACGAAGGACACGUCUGAGCCAAGAGCUGGACCGGACGAGGGACUCUUGUCCACACCUCUGCCCAACAGCUGCCUCCCACCUGGCACUGCCACCACCUCCCGCCUCCCAGGGUGGGAGCUUGGUUCCAUCUCCACAUCCCAGGCAUCUCUGCCUCUGAGGAGGCCUGGGCUUCCACUCCCAGGUUAACUCAAGAAGACCUUGGCCUGUUGGUCACACCAGACUGGGUUCAGGGAAUGGGUCUCCAAGGUACCAGAAGCCAAGGAGCAAAAGAGAUGGCCUCCCAGACAGCAUGGUGUCCUCAGGGCUUUCUCCGGGGAGCUGGGUAAUUGCCAGGUGAGCACCCAGACCCAAACCUUCAUGUGUUCUGUGCCUAUCACCUGUCUCUACGGACCAUUUGAGGCCAGGGCCAAGACCUAUGGCUCAAUUCCAGGGGCACAGGGGGAAUGAGUGAUGGCUCUCAGGCUGGUCAGGACUGUAGGCCAGAAGAUGGGGGCAUGGGAGCCCUGUCUCUGUCUUGCUAGGUACCACAGAUGCUGCUGAGACUUGACAUUUUUUCUCCUGCCUUCUUGGCUUCACCUGUGAUGAAGGGGCAGUGGAUGGCAGGGGAAGCCCAUUCUCUCUUCCCAGCCCUCUUGGAGACUGUUGCAAAAUUCCCAGCCACCUCAUGGCAAAUGCCCAAAGCAUGCUCCGCGCCCAGGCGGGGGCAGCUGCUAAUGAGAGCCUUGGCGCAACUGCAGUCAGGGCGGGAGAGGGAUUGGGAAGUGGGGGGCUGGGUGCCAGGCUCCGGCUCCAGCUGGUUUCUCUCUGGCGCCUCUGAACCCGUCUCGGCAGGUCCUUGACACCUGGGCAGAGGGGAUCAGAGACGGGGGAGGCCAGGCCUGGCCCUCGGCAUCUCACCCAGCCCACAGUGUUCUCGACCGAAUACUCUUCCAGGGGAGCAAGGGAGCCGAGGGGAGAGAUGAGGCCAGGAUGGCUACCUGACCCCAAGCCCCCAAAGCCUAGUGGGGAGGUGCUAGGCCCAGGCAGCCAGUUGUAGUGUUGUUCUCCCUGCAUGCCCUUCACAGCUGGGGCUGCCACCCCACCCGGCCUGAAUCUGUCUCAACCUGCAGGAACACAUAGGCGGCGCCAGGCAUUACCUCACAGCAGGACUGCAGUUGCUGGCUUCGCUCCUGGGCAAGGAGGAGCAGGCCAGAGCCCCUUUCGCUUCCUUUUUCUGCCUAUGCCGCUUCUAGAAGCUGGCCGCAGGUUGCCAGGAGAUGACAUGAAAGAGGAGGAACUCAGUGACCUCUCCCUCUCCUGCAUUCCUCCGAGCUGGGGAGGACUUAACCGCUGCUCUGAAGGACACCGUACAUGUGCAUGCAUGCGUGUGUGCGCAUGUGGGUGUUGGCGUGGGACGGGAGCAGAGCUCAUGGGGCAAACUGGGUCCGAACGCUUCAAGUCAGAAAAUGUUUGAGCAUCCAGGAGUCACAGAUAUUCCCCUCCUCCAUCCCCUUCAACAUUCGGGCUGAGUCCCCACAGACAACACAGCAAUAAAUGGUUUGGUUGCGUGGACACAGCUGCCCUGUUCUCCACCGUUCCUGACCUCCUGUGCAGGCCUCCACUGCCCAUUCAGGCCCAUCUUCCCCCCCAAGAAUGACAAAUCCCUUUUCCAGCACUAGGGCAGAGCGGGGUGGUGUGCUGGGGGGCGGGUGGUAAACAGAGACAGGCUCUGGCAGCGCAAAUCUGAUGUUCCUCAGUGCCUGCCAGGAACCAGGCCCUCUCUUGGCCAAGCCAUACUAUUUCUGCCCAGCUUACCUACAGCUAAGAGCCAGCUAGCCUCGGAGAUUCUGGGAAAGAAUGGGCCAUCGGAAGCAUCUGUAUGCAGGUCUCAUUUUGAGGUGUUUAUGUUGUGAGUUGUAUGAAUGCUUUAGUGGACUUCAUAUUUUAAAAACUUUGUCCUUAGAUGUAUGUGUGUGGGGAUGCACUCAGGAAGGCUGGCUGACAGAACUCUAGGAGAGAGCAAGUAGGAAACUCGGAGAGGGCUGCUCAGUGGUUCUCACCUCAGUGCAUGUUAGAAUCACUUGGUUGGCUUUUUACAGUACCAGUGAAAGCCGUGUCUCUGGGGGGUCGGCUCAACAUUGUUUUUAGAGCUCUCUGGGAGAUUCUAAUGGGCACUCGGUUGAAAACUACUAUAGAUUAAAUAAAGUGGGAGCAAAGAUUGCCCUUCGACAUGGAUGUGGACUGGUGGGGUCCUUCAGACCCUGAGAGAAGUGAACCAGAGUGAAAGGGUUUGGUUCCAUCACGUGGGACAAGUUUAUCCUCAGAGGGAUGAGAGGAUUCCUACCACAGCGUACAAGCCAGAAGGAUAAGAUGGCAGCCAAGAGAGGAUGCGAAGGGGGCUUGGAGGUGAUCCUCGGCCUGUCAGUAGAGUUACCUCAGAAGGGAAGACUCGUCAAGUGUUUCCUUGCUCAGAACCAGAAAUCUGUAUUACAUGCAAUGACUAGCACACGAUA